ACGCACUAGUGUUCUUUCGUCUCGCUGGACCAACUUGUGGAAACACACACCCUCUCUCGAUUUCGACACUGAUCAAAGUUUAUUGGACAGGUUUUAUUACGAGGACGAGUUACUCGAAAGUGAGAAACGCAAGUAUGUGAAAUGGGUCAACUCCGUUAUUCAAUCGCACGAAUCUCGAACCUUAAAAGAAUUCAGAAUCCGUUUUCAUUUAGAUAGAUCAUCCAGAAAGACAAUCGAUCGUUGGCUUCAAUUUUCAUUUUCCAGACAAGUUGAGAGGUUGGAGUUGGACAUUAAAAAUUAUAGUUGUCCGACCAAAUAUAAUUGUUUCACCGAAAAGUUACUUACCCUAAAAAGCGGUUGCAUCCACGAUGAUCCUCGUCGUAUGCUCUUUAAGUCGUCCCUCAAAGCAUUGGUUUUUAAAAGCGUUAUAUUGAAUGAUGGAGCUAUUGACUUGAUCUUGCAUAACUGUCCGCUACUCGAACAAUUGAUUGUCCAUGGAUCGAGAGAAAUAUCAAAGCUUGAAGUUUGUGGCUCGCACCUCAAGUUAAAACACUUGGAGAUAGCCGGUUGCCCGCUUUUGAAAUCACUUAAAGUUUCUGCGCCAAGGCUUACUACACUUAUUGUUUUGUUGAAUUUCAAGGGACUUUUACUUGAGAAUGUUCCGAUGCUAGUUAAUGUAUCCGUCAUUUGUCGCAGUGACUGUGUUUCAAUAAAACGGAUAUUUGAUGUCGUACUGUCUUGCUGCAUUUCUCAAUUGCAGACUCUUUGCUUGGGGCUGUACAACACCCUUCCUGGUGAUGAUAACAGCGGAGAAAUAAACGAGCUUCCUAAAAUGCCUAAACUGAAGAAGUUGGUCAUCGAAUAUGAUGGAAGUGGUCAUGAAUGUCUUUCUAGACUGGCUACUUUUAUAAGCCUAUCGCCUUACUUGGAUGAAUUUGUAUUACAGGUAUGCCUGCCCCUUUUACUAUUUUAGCCCUUUGUACUAUUUUACAUGUUUCAUAUUUUCAUUCUUCGCUAUGUGCAGUUUAGAUGGUUUAAACUUCCGAGGGAAGAUAGACAAGUGAAAGAUGCUAUAAUAAGGUCUCCACACCAUCACCUUAAAAUCUUCAAGUUUUGUGGCUAUUAUGGAGCCACCAAUGAUGCUGAAUUAAUUAAAUACAUUUUGGAGAAUUGUGGCGCGCUCGAGAAAAUAACAGUCGAUCCCUACUUUGUAUGGUCUGGCGACAAAUUAGUGGAAGAAACAACUAGGAAGAACGCUAAACAAAAGCUCGCACCACAAGUACCUCAACAUGUUGAAUUGGUUAUUCUAUGAGUUCAAACUCAACAUGUUGAAUUGGUUAUUCUUUAACUUAUUAAACCAUGUAUGUAUUGUUUUAUUUUCCGGGUCGGGUUAGGUGUUAUUUUCCAAUUUUAUUUUUUUUGUAAUAUACUCCCU